AUCCGACGCGAAACUGCACAGAUAAUGGUUUUCGCAGAGAUCGUUGGUACAUUGUCAUUCUUACAGCCACAAGCUGACGACGAUUUUGUAGAUCGCUUACAUUACUAUUAUACAAGCACAUUUCUGCUUGUCACCGCUGUUUUGAUAAGUUUAAAAAUGUUUGGUGGACGACCCAUUGAAUGUUGGGUACCCGCAGAAUAUAAAGGAGGUUGGGAAGAAUAUACAGAAAUGUUUUGUUGGGCACGGAAUACAUAUUGGGUAUCAUUCGAAGAGGAUCUUCCCGAAGAUUUUAACAUUCGAAAACAGCGAAUGGUAUCUUAUUAUCAAUGGACACCCUUCUUCCUUGUGAUAUGUGCAUUCUUUUUCUAUUCACCUUGUUUAAUCUGGAGAUUGAUGUAUGCAAAAUCAGGAAUUCGAUUGAAGGAUAUAAUGCAGUUUGCUACAGAUAAAUCUAACAUACAACCGGCAUCUCGUCGUGCAAAUGUUCAAGGACUGUCAGCCCAUUUGUCAUCAAUUUUCAAGUACAGAUUCCGUUUCGGUACUCAUAAUCGCAGCUAUCAUUCUUGUCUGAAGCUUUUGAAUAUGAGACAUUUCGAAGCGUAUCUCACACUUCUCUAUAUCCUCAUCAAAAUUCUUUACAUGAUCAACCUAUUCGGACAGUUGCAGAUGUUCCUUAUGAACCGUUUUCUACAGACUGAUGAUUACAGCUGCUAUGGAUUCGAAGUAAUAAAGGACUUAAUCAAUGGUCGACAAUAUCAUCAGGUGUUCAUUCUGCUCUGGAUGUGGUAUAGUUUAUUGGCUCUCAUCUCAUCAAUAAGUUGUUUUUCAUGGCUGAUAUUUGCAAUGUCUUUUGAGCAACGCAAAAAAUUCAUUGCCAGACGACUUGAAUUGGCUGACAUCGAAUUCGAACAGAAGAAUUUCAGCUGUGAACUGGAUAAGUUUGUUCGUAAGCACGUAAAAUUGGAUGGUGUAUUCGUUCUGAAGAUGCUCUCCGCACAUGCGGGAAUGCUGAUAUGCACAGAAGUGGUUGAUAAUAUGUGGGACAACUUUUUAGUAGAAGAAGGUAUUUGCAUUCCAUGUUCCUCUGAUUAUGACAACACUCGUGUGGAUACUGAUUUUUGA